AGGCUCUUGCAGAGUGCUCACAGCUCUUACCAGGAGCAGAGGCACAGGGAGGACUUGGAGCAGGGAAGUUCAAGGCUGGUAAGUUCAAAGUACAGCACAGAUCGUGCGGCGUAAUGGGUUCUGUGGGUGGCUUGUGUUGCAGCAUGUGUGGCACUGUGGAGUACAAACGUGGGGAGAAAUGUAAGGCUGGCAGUGGUUUUAGCUAUUAAGUCACUUAAGUUAUACCUAAUGUGGUGACUCCCAGUGUUAUGUACCCAGCUUGAAUUUGAGAUGCAUUAAUCACGCUUUAUUUAGAGAUGCUUGAUAUUUAGGGAUGAUUUUGUUCCUGGCAGUGCUUUAUUUCUGAGAAAUGCAAUGGUAUGAGGAACGUCAGCAGCCUUUUGCAAAGUCACAGCAUCUCUCAGUAGAUGGGCCAUGGGAGGGAUAGGGGCUGAGUGUGGGACUCUGGAUGUUGACUUUAAAACAUGUUGCUUAUUGAAGUGUUAACUCUGCCUGCUAGAUGUUUAGUCUGUUUUGUCUAGAGUGUGUCACCCGCCAUCCUAAAAGCAACAUUUCAGUCUGUGUAGGCAAGCUCAGGAGCCAGGCUUUCCUAUUUAGUUCAUCUCAUGCUCUGCCAGAAUGUCAGCAAGAGUCAGUUAUAGGAUUUGCUUUACUAAUGCCUUAAGAAGAAAGCAACCAGAUGAAUGCUGAAAUGGAGAAUUCAUUGUAAGAACAGCAUUAGUGCUGGAUUGGUGCGUGCCCUAGAGCUGAGGUGAUGCUUUGUGAGAAGAGGUCAGGACUCAAGCUCUAGCAGGUUCAAUUUCCUUUUUUUCAGUGGGUGGUUAAUUUACACUGUCCUCUCUCUUUAAAUAUAGAGAAGGUUUUGAACCUGCUUUGCAUGGGACAGAUUGUACUGGGCUGUGCUGAGGGCGUGAGUCAUUACCAAUCAUUGUGCUUAUGAAGCUGGGCUGUCUGGGUGGAUACUGAAACUGAUAGGGCCUGACACAUUCAAAUAGCAGCAGGACUUCCCCUUUUGUUCCUUUCCAAGAAGGGAUCACUUCACCUGCUCAGCCAGUAAUGCUGUUAAAUUUGUUCGUUUAUAGCCUACAUCUGGUCAUUUGGGGUGAAGCCUGCAGCAGCUUUAGCAGAUUUUCUCCUCUUGAAAAAGCAGGUUUGUUCCAUAAACAGCUCAUCACUGCCACAAUGACAUCUUCAAGCUCUGCCCAGCAUCCAGCAGCUGAGAACGCCUGCAGAAUCACUCUUGGACAAGCUAACCAGGUGCGACCCAAACUCCCUCUUCUGAAGAUUCUGCAGGCUGCAGGUGCCCAGGGUGAAACCUUCACCCUGAAGGAGGUUAUGCACUACCUAGGACAGUAUAUAAUGGUGAGGCAGCUGUAUGACAAAAGGCAGCAACACAUGGUGUAUUGUGGAGGAGAUCAGCUGGGAGAAUUGCUGGGGCUGGAGAGCUUCUCUGUAAAAGAUCCAAGCCCAGUCUAUGAGAUGUUGAAACGGAACCUUACUUCUGCUGCCAUGACAGAUGCUGCACAGAAUCUCGCAAAGGAACAGAGCGUCGAUAAGCCAAGCCAAGACCAGCUGAAGUUUAGCCCAAAGGAAGGUUCUGACACUGUCAUCAUGGGGGAUGAAAGCAAUGCAUCUGCUGUGUCUACCUCAGAGCACAAAUGUGAGAAUUAUGAAGACAAAGACUUAAUAGAAAACCUCUCUAAAAGCAAGAAGCCUAAACUGGACCUAGUGUUUGAGGAAUGGGAUGUAGCUGGUCUUCCAUGGUGGUUUUUAGGCAACCUCAGAAGCAAUUACAAGUCCAGAAGUAAUGGAUCAACAGAUAUUCAGACUAACCAGGACAUAGACACUGCCAUUGUUUCAGAUACUACUGAUGACUUGUGGUUCCUCAACGAAAGUCCCUUGGAUCAGACCAACACAGCAGUCAAAAUGGAAACAGCUGACUGUGAGGAAGUGAAGGAAGGUGACAAAAAGGUGACUGAGGAUGCAUGUUUGCAUGACUUUGAAGAUUCUCAGUGUUUAAGCGACGACACAGAUACAGAAGCUGCUUCUGAGGACUGCUGGCAAUGCACCAAAUGCAAGAAGUUUAACUCUCCAGGCAAACGGUACUGUUACCGCUGCUGGGCCUUACGGAAGGACUGGUACUCAGAUUGUCCCAAACUCACUCAUUCUCUUUCUCUGUCCAACAUUGAUGCUAUGCAAAAUGAAAACAGUGAUGAAGGGAUAGAUGUCCCAGACUGCCGAAGGACUAUUUCUGCUCCAGUUGGCCCACCUAAAGACAUGUAUGUGGUAGAAAACAAAUCCCACGUAGAUCCCUGUGGCUCUAUUGAGUCCUUGGAUUUGGCACGAGAAUGUGAAAGGAGGGACUCUCUGUUGAGUUUCACUGAGCAUAAAAAGGAGGAAGAAAUACAGUCUUUAGAGAGUAUAAAAAAGUUACUGAAUCCUUGCUUCCUAUGCCAUCACAGACCGCGAGAUGGGAAUAUUGUCCAUGGGAGGACUGCUCACCUUGUGGCCUGUUUCAAGUGUGCAAAGAUGCUGAAGAAAAGGAGAUCACCUUGCCCAGUGUGCAGGAAAGACAUUGAGAUGGUGAUUAGAAUCUUUAUGGGGUAGUUGUGCUUCUUCAGGCCUUCUCUGCUGAAGCAUAGCACAUGUAUUUUCUUGCACUCUACACAGACCCUAACUUCAGAGCUCAGAGCAUGAAUACCAAAGACAAUUAAGAUUCCAAACUGACCAAGAGCACAGAAAUCAACCCUGUACGUCGUAUGAAGCAGUGUCCAUUUCUGCUAUCUACUUAAAUGAAAGCCUGUUGGGAGCGGGGAGGGACCAGUGUGUUGGUAUUGAUGCCCUAGCUUUGAAAUUAUCUAAAUCUUUUAUUUUGAGUUCAGUAGCUUCAGAAGGAUUCUCUGUUCUGAUAACUGUUCCUUGCAGAAAGCAAGUUUUGGAGAGAGUUAUGACUUUGGCUGUUGGAGUGUUCUCCAGUAAGUCAGACACUGUGCAAUGUCUUCUAAGGGAAGAGUGUGGCGGGUGGGUGGGAAGGAUGGGAGGGAGGGGUAGGUGAAGAGGGUUGUGAUUUACAUAAGCCAUUUCUCCAAGGAUCAGUUCUCAUGAAGGCAGUGAGAAGUAAAUAUGCAUGUUUCCAGUAAUCCCUUUUUUAAUAUGUGUUAGGUAAAGUGAAAGUCCUUUUGCACCCAGACUAGAAAUAAGUCCUCUCAGACUUCUAAUCUGUAGCUAUCUCAGGUCACGUACCAGUUGGCAGAAGAAUAGGGUGCUAUACUGUGCUUUGUUAUUAGAUCUUUUCAUUUGUAUCGAUUCUUUUUUUCAUUUAAGGACACUUCUGUGUCAGCUGUUGUAGCUUUGUUGCAGCCUGUCCAGUGUUAGAUCAGAAUCUGGUGUGCCAACUGGAUUAAAUCAUAGCAGCUCUUUGCUCACAGCACCAGUGCAACUUUCACCAUUGCUUCAUUCAUCAGGUCAGUCUAGAAGAUGCAUCGCUUUGUGUUAUGUGGCUUUGCAAUCAGGAUACAGGCCUUUCUGGGGAUAAAAGCAGUCCUGCAAAGCACUGAUUGCAGCUAGUUAGUCUAUGGGCUGUGUUUAGUGUUCAUUCUUUUGAGUUUUCUCGGCUGAUUAUUCUUACCCAGUGAUUUAAUGCUUCAAAUCUGUUUCAGCAGAUUUGUUCUGUCUGUCCUUGAAAGCUAUCCAUGGUUGUUCUGCUGUUUGUUAAAACUCAGUUAGGACUUGCAGUUUAAACAUGUCUUACUCUUUUCUGAGAUCAUAUGCUAGAGAGCUCAGCUCUUCCUCAGCCUGUCUCCCUGAGGCUUCAUGUUCAGAAUAUUCCCCCAUGGAGAGGAUCUGUGCUUUCAUGAGUGGAAGGCAGGUAGGUGCACACCUGAAGCGGGGAGGAAUUGUAGGGGUGUAAAGCCUUGGGGCUCCCAGAGAGCUGCCUGCAGGCAUCUCGGGUGUUCUGAGAUCCCUGGGAAACAUGCAUUCCUCUUCUGUUCCUCUUCCAGCUUUCCCCUCUGUAUUCUGGACAGGGCAGAGUACCGCGGAGUCAAAGGGAGAAGAUGGUGCUGUGGGAGAGAGCGCUGAGCAUAACUUUCAGUUUUCUAAGUCUUUAUUUAAAAUGUAAUGUUAGCAAAUAGCUAUUGCCAUCUAUCUAUUCUGGGUUCUCUAAUGUGAGCUGAGAGGUGGGGAAGGCAGCUCUCAGCCUGUUUUUCAGUACUUUGGAGGCCCGUAUCCUGCAGCAGUAGUGCCUUCCCCUCUAGCUUUCAGUAUACAGGCAUUUGAAUUCAGUUCAGCAUGUAAGAUAUACCCUGUUUUGUCAUCUUCUGCAUGAUUCCCUCUCCAGUCUAGGAAGUGUUCUGCAGAUAGAAGAAAAGAAGGUAGUGUUUAGACCUCAGAGCUUCUCUAGGCUGUUUCCCAGCUGUUUUCCACACUCCUUGUGCUGGUCCAGUCCUAGCAGGUCAGGUGUGCAACGGAAGGCCCCAACACCUGCCUGGCUGAAGGUCCCAGCAAUUUCUUAUGUCAAAGUUGCUUCUGUGCAACGAUAUUGGAGUAGGUGCUAUAUGCAAUCACUGCCAAAAGUCAGAUCAAUUUUAUAUUUUACAGAGUAUUGUGAUUAUUUCUAUGUUGGUUCUUAGACUAUUAUUGUUGGCUGUUAUUUACAGCUGUGUUGUAUAAGAGGAUAACUGUCUGACAUUUGCUGCACUAUCUGUGAGUAUAUGGGAGUCAGUCCACGUGGAAAAAUGUACUUCUUGCUCCCCUAACUGAAGGGCUGUUCAAUGCAGGUGAUGCACUUUAGUCAUGCUAAGCUCAGCAGCGUUAUCUCCUCGAAUCAUAGAAGGGAGUUCCUGUCAGGUAGUUGCUUCCAUUUUCAGAUAGUUUCUCCUUUUUAAGGAGCUUGGGCUCGGGCAGUGUGCAUUGUGGCACUCUGCAGCACUUCUGAAUACUGUGAAUUCUCCCUCCCCCACAAUUGCUUCUAAGAACAAAAUAUUUUGCUAAAAGCAGCUUUACCAAAUUGUUUGAGUAUGGCUGCACUGAAAAGCAGUUUGUGUUGACCAAACAAGUGUCAGGAAAGUGUAGGUUCCUGCAAUGGGUUGAAUAUCCUUACCCAAAUCCUACUGAGAUCUGCGUGAGCUUCUGCUGUUAAAUGAAAAUUGUCUCUGUUGCAGAUUGUGAUAAAGAAACCGAAUCUGUGGGAUAAGCUUGAGGGUGAUGGUCUUCUUAUCUGUGACUUUUCCUUGAGUGUAACCACGUUGUUUACAACAUGCAUUUGCCAAGUUCUUUAUUCUUUUUAACUGAAGUAGUGCUCAUGAUGUCUAACAACGUUACAGUUGGUCUUCCUUUCUUUAAAAGAAUAAGCUAUUGCAGUGCAAGUGGAGCUGUAAGUGCCCGGGUUGUGGCUAAGGCAUAGGGUCGGUGGGAGGGUUGUAGUGAGGGAGAAAGAGGGAAGAAGAAUGUUUUAUUGCUUCAACUGAAGUGUGAGGCUAAAUGAGGUGUAAUUCAGAAAGAGCUGCUCUUUAGGUGACAUGUUGUAGGAAGUGCAGGCUGGAGGUGUGGGUUGAAGAACUAGCUCAGGGCACUGGCUUGUAAUAUUUCCUUUGCAGUGCCAUCAGAUGUUGGCCAAACGGUGCUAUUAGUUUCCUUUUCCACAUGUGCUUUUCGUUGGAGGUGGGUGUUGUGAGCCUCAUGUUCUCUGAAAUCAUCCCUGGCAUCUCAUUGUGCAUAACAGCUCUGUCUCUUAACUGUGGUUUUCCUAUGAAGUGCAAUAUGGCAGAAGCGGUCCGUGGGUAAGCUUAGCAGUGUUGCUGCCUGUGUGUCUUGGGAAGGGUUGAGCACAGCUGCCUUUCAACUGUCAGAUCAGAAAGGUUUCUGUGUUCUUCACUGACAUUGGCUGCUGGUCCUCAGGAACCUGCUGACAUCUCAGUGGUGAGCCUGCUCCCAUGCUGGGCUUCAUUCAUGAGAUCCCUCUGCUUUUCAGCCAGAAGUUCUGGCACCGUUUAUCACUGGAAGCAGCACACUUCUUCAAUGGGUAUUUAAACAGAGCAUGGGAUCCGUGAAUCUGUACAGUGCUCUGCAGUGUGAAUCUGUGUAUACACCUUCCCUCUGUCUUGACAGCUGGAGGUACACACACUGCAUUCGCUCCUGCAGGUCUUCCCAGUUUAAGUGCCUCUUUGCAGUUACUCCUGGUGACUUUUGCUUACUGCUGCACCUCCCUUAUCAGCUGUUUGGUCAGUUGUCUGUCCCUCCUGUGCUGAGGUAAAUUAUUUAGCUGUUUAUCCUUGCCAAAGCCGUGACUGAAGGGGGGAACAUUUGGAGCAGCCCCCAGAGCACCUGUUUCUUCUGAGUGCUGGGCCUUUCCUUGAAGACGGUUAAGAACGUUCUGCCUCUGCAUUGCAUUGUAUUUAUUAAGGUGCACUUAUUAAGGUGUGUGAUGAAAACCAUGGUACAGCUUGCCAGUGUCCUCUCCAUCCUUCUGCAUCCAGCAUUGAUUGUAGCUGAUACUGAGAAGCUGUCUUGCCUGUUCCGAGCUUUGUCUUCCUCUCCUGGAAGAAGAGAAAUGCUCUCAUUAGAGGCCUUUGGUGGAGGAUGGCUGUACUGGGAGACAGCAUGGUUAAGUGAUGGAAGAGGAGAGCCUUUGUCCUGGCGUGGUGUUUGAGGUGGAAGAAAUUCACUGAAUCCUGUGCCAUCUGAACACCUGCAAGGGGCAUCAGGAUCCUCAAAAAGGAGGUGCUGUGAGGCUGUUUGUUCAAGAUCAAGAAGGACAUCUGUGAGUGGGGUGAUAAGCAGUGUGUGCUUGGAACAGCUCUGGGACAACGGAUCACCUCCAGGCAGCAGCUUUCCUGCUCUGCAGGCCUGUUUUUUGGUUAUCUAACCAAAAUGGCUGGCAUUUUCCUUGCUCCUUUGAAAGUAAGCGAGAGCACUCUGUAAGCAGCUGCUCAUCAGCCUCAAGCUGCCUUAGCACCUCUGCACCUUGCUCUCUGCACCUGUUCAUAUGAGUAUAGACAGCUAUUGUGAUUGCAGCCCUGUUUUUCUGUGCUUUUACCCUGGUCGUGUGCAUUUACUGCCCACACGUGUGCAUGAACACCGCAUCCUGCUGCUCCAAGCAGGUGCUUCAGCAACACGUGGCUGCUGAGCUCUGCAAUGGCUUCAGCAUCUCUGUUUCAAAGAAGACAUAACCACCUUUGAGGAUCGAUCCAGGAGGAUGCACGGAGAAGGCAGGAGCGUGUUUUACCUCUGGCAAAGAUAAUAAAGACUUCUUGUUGUGCAAAGUGUGUCCUGCCCAGGCUCCCUGGCACACUUCUGCAGCCUCUGGUUCCUGAAUCCAUUUUUCUUGUUAAGAAGGACUCUGUAUCCGAGUACCCGCACACACAGCCACCACAAGCAGGAGCUCUCACUGAGCGACCUCUGUUUGCACUAUUUAUAUAAGGCACGUAGCACAGAAUGGAUGGCCUCUUUUUGUGUCCUGCGCCUAAUGAGUUUAAUUAAACGGAGCACAUCAUACUAUUGAUGAUGUAGGUUUAUUUUUUCAUUCAUAUUGCGUUUCGGGGAAAGCUUUAAGUAAAGGCCUGUUGUUACCAGUCAA